UCUUCCCGGGAGGCCUGCCACUGCGCUCGCUGCAGAAAUUCCAAAAUCAGACUCCAUAGUUAUAAAAACGAAAGAAAAUACGGUACUAAAUCUUUGCGUUGCGCAUACUUUUUUUUGCGCACGCCUUACAGACGGACAUCGGCCCGGCGGUGCGUUUGGACUCACCUCCUCUCAAGUGGUACAGUCCCGUUAGUCGUCCUGUUUACCGCCGCAGUUAGCGGACAAGCGCAAGCACCAACAUGCGGAUAAACCGCACUUUACCGUAACACGGACUGGAGAAUGAACUUUUACCGGCUGGCUCUUUUCCUGGGAGCGUCCGUGUGUGCGUGCGAUGGCGUGCACGUCACAGUGCGGGAGAAGCAGCGGUUUGCGAUGCUCUUCCAGUCCGUCGUCCUCCCGUGUCAGUACCAAACCGCCUCCACCCAGGCCCCGGUGGUGCAGUGGUGGUACAAGUCCUACUGCCGAGACCGCACACGGGAGUCCUUCACCCUGCCCGAGAGUCUGGGGGUCCAGGCCUCAGAGCUAGGCGCCACGUCCCACCUGGAGUGCUCCGACAGCAGCCGCACGGUCCGGGUGGUGGCCUCGGCGCAGGGACCCUCCAUGACGCUGGCGGAGCACUACAAAGGAAGAGACAUCGCCAUCGUCAACAAAGCAGACCUGCGCAUCGGGGAGCUGCAGUGGGGGGACAGCGGAGUGUACUUCUGCAAAGUCGUCAUUGCUGAUGAUCUGGAGGGGAAGAAUGAGGCCCAGCUGGAGUUACUGGUGCUCGGCAGGACAGGUCCGCAGGACGAUAUCCUACCUGAGUUUGAUGUGGAGAUUAUGCCAGAGUGGGUGUUUGUGGGAGCUGUCGGCCUGGGCAGUGUCUUGUUCCUGUUAUUGUUGGGGAUCUGCUGGUGCCAGUGUUGUCCUCACUCCUGCUGCUGCUACGUCAGCUGCUGCUGCUGCCCAGACACCUGCUGCUGUCCACGGCGCUUGUACGAGGCAGGGAAGAUGGCGAAGAGUGGACUGCCUGCUCAGGUUCCUGUGUAUCCCUACUACAUUCCUGGUGUUCCUACUGUUGUUCCUCUUGCCCCGUCGUCCCACGCGGACACAAAGAUCGCCUCCAUUCCCUCAGUGGAGAAUAACCUGGUUGGAGCCCGCACUGGUUAUCGACUGAAAGCCAGUCCAGACCAGGACUCAAUGAAAGUUCUGUACUACAUUGAGAAGGAGCUGGCUCAGUUUCCCUCUGCCAAGAUGGCUGCAUUUAAACCCGUGAGCCUCUCUGAGCUGAGCUCUCUGCACGACGGAGGCAACGCCGACUUCAGACACACCUAUCAGACGGUGCAGAUGAAGGCGCUCCCGCCCAUCGCGGACCUCGACGAACAGUCAGUGCGGAGAGCAGCUCCGCCUGCACAGAGUCGAAGGGCCAGACGGGUCAGACGCAACCACUCGGACGACGAGCUGGACAGAAGGUGGAACCCGCACUCCGAGCACCUGCAGAGGAAGAUGUUGGGCAGAAGAGGGCGCACUGGCUCCCUGGACGAGUUGGAGGAUUUCGCCGAGUCUUACGGCUCCCGAGGCCGCCGCGCCGAGCCUCCGGACCGGGUCUACGAGCGGGAUUACAGCCCUCCCAGGCGUUUGUACAGAGAUGAGGAGGACGACUGCGUCCGCCGUAGCCCCUCCCCUUUACCGCACAAGAGGAGGGACACAUGGGACAGCGAUCGUCCCUGUCGAGCGCCCCAAGGCAAAGGAUACGACGACACCUUCCUCAGCAGUGUGUUGGACAGCAAGACGAGGGGCCGGGGGAGGGACAGAGGGGCUUGUCGACCGGACGAGGACAGUGACACUCCCUCUAAAGGCAGCUCCAGGGGCAAGGCCGGCGGUAGUUACUACAGCCGGUCGCCUAGCAACCGUCCGGAGGAGGAGGACCCUUUGCCUCCGUACUCUGAGCGGGAGCGGGAGGCGGAGCGGGAGGCGGAGCGGUACCGCAGGGCCGACCCGACGACGGACCGGUACCGCACUGCAGAGCCUCCCAGAUCAGAGCAAUACAGGACCAGUGAGCCCGCCAUGAGGCCUUUCAGCUACACCCGCCCCCACCAGGGAACGCAGCACACACUACAACCGGGGGCCCGAGAGGAGAGGGACAGGAGCCGGAACCUGUUCCCACAGGAUUUUGUUUAUCUGUGAUAUCAUUUGCAGACAUUGACAGAAGACUUGUGAUUGCCCUCCAUUCAGCGCAGUACAACCAUGUCACGCUCGCAACACUCACACUGUCGCACAUGCUGACUAACCGGCUUAAUAAAUAUAUAUUGUUAAUAACACACCUGUCUCAGUCUAACAUGCUUGAGCUGCAUGAUCGGCGGCACCGGACUGGAGUCGCCUGGCAUGAGUGCAAAGUGUCUAACAUCUGGGUGUGUCCCUUUAACAGAGCACUGCACCGAGCAGGGACUCUCUCAUAGUGUGACGAGGCUUCCCGGCCUCGACCCGCUCAGCGGUUCUGCCAUCAGCCACGUGAAGUCCGGCCCGUCUCACUAGAAAUACCUGCGCCCCCAAAAAAGAACGGCAGUCGUGGAUCGGGGAUGCUGAGGAAUAAAUGUGCGCUAACUCGGCACGUGAUCACUCGCGUGCAUAAAUAACUGUUUAUUGCUUCACGUGUGUUUACUUGUUGAGCUGCGUGACUCCAGUGCCAAGAUGUUUUCUUUGCUUUUUUCUAUUAUCUGCCAUUUAUUUUUAACUGCAGGAUUUAUACAGACUUCACACUUAGUCAGUACUCAGGUUCACUUUGUAUUUGUGCGUUUGUCUGUUGUUGAUAUUGGACUGCAUGUAAGUACCGUACCUUGAAUUUUAUUUCACUGCUUAAAUACUUUUUCAAUAAAGAAAACUCAAAGAA